GGUUUAAGCAUCAAUGUUGAUUUCGGCAAAACGGAAAAUGUUCCUCCGCUCCAUCAGAACAACCUACCUCGCUUCCACACGCCACCUUUCCACGGCGGCGCCGCCACGAACACCCUCAUCUUCCUCCCCAUCCGGCGGCGGCGGCGGUAGAGACACGCUGGGGCGGAGGCUGCUGAGCCUUGUGUUCCCGAAACGCAGCGCGGUGGUUGCGAUCAACAAGUGGAAGGAAGAAGGUCACCCUCCGCCACGCAAGUACGAGCUAAAUCGAAUUGUUCGCGAGCUACGUAAGAACAAGAGCUUCAAACACGCGCUUGAGGUCUGUGAAUGGAUGACCUUGCAGCAACAUAUCAAGCUAGUGCAAGGAGACUAUGCUGUCCACUUGGACUUGAUAGCUAAAGUUCGGGGUUUAAACAGUGCAGAAAAAUUCUUUGAGGAUCUUCCUGAUCAAAUGAGAGGCAGACAGACCUGCACUGCUCUUCUUCAUGUCUAUGUCCAAAACAAUUUGGCAGACAAAGCUGAAGCCCUCAUGUCAAAAAUGUCAGAAUGUGAUUUAUUGGGAUGCCCACUUCCUUUCAACCACAUGAUAUCUCUCUACAUUGCAAAUGGGAAGCUAGAAAAGGUCCCGCAAAUUAUUCGGGAAUUGAAGAUGAACACAUGUCCUGAUGUUGUUACUUUCAAUUUGUGGUUAACUGCAUGUGCUCUGCAAAGUGAUGUUGAAACUGCAGAAAGAGUAAUGCUCGAGUUAAAGAAGGCAAAAAUAGAUCCAGACUGGGUAACAUAUAGUACAUUGACUAAUUUGUACAUUAAAAACGAUUGCCUUGAAAAAGCAAGAUCUACUUUGAAGGAGAUGGAGAAUAGAACCUCGCGGAACACUCGGGUUGCAUAUUCCUCUCUCAUUAGCCUGCAUAUGAACAUGGGGAAUAAAGAUGAAGUUAUCCGAGUAUGGAAGAAAAUGAAGGCUUCCUUUCGCAAAAUGAAUGAUAAUGAGUAUCUUUGCAUGUUAUCAUCGCUUGUGAAGCUUGGAGACUUUGCUGCAGCUGAGAACCUCUAUAGUGAGUGGGAAUCUGUUUCCGGGACACAUGAUGUCAGACUUUCAAAUAUACUUCUUGCUUCAUACGUUAACCAAGACCAGAUGGAAAUGGCGGAAAAUUUUUAUCAUCGGAUAGUAGGAAAUGGCGUAAAUCCUUCUUACACUACAUGGGAGCUAUUAACAUGGGGCUAUUUGAAAAAUAAGGAUGUGGAGAAAUUUCUAGAUUAUUUUGAGAAAGCCAUUUCUAGUGUGAAAAAAUGGAACCCUGAUCAGAAGUUAGUGAGAGAGGCAUUCAAAAUCCUUGAGGAGCUGGCUCAUAUUGAAGGGGCAGAAAAAUUGUUGGUUACCCUUCGCAAUGCUGGCCAUGUGAAUACUGACGUAUAUAACCUAUUUCUCAACAUUUACGCAAAAGCUGGUAAAAUGCCUCUUAUUGUUGCUGAGAGGAUGAAAAAGGACAAUGUUCAGUUGGAUGAAGAGACUCAUAGGCUCUUGGAUCUGACCAGUAAAAUGUGUGUGAGUGAUGCUUCACUGAUUCUGUCGAAAGCACCAAUUGACGGAGUAUUAGAAUAAACUAUGAUUUGGUUGAUCCUCACCUCCAAUUGUUUAUAUUCAUACUCAAAUAUGUGAAUCAAUGACGGGAUUGUUGAUGCUUGUGAAUAUAAGGUAACAGCACUGAUAUCAAAUUUUCAGAGGCAGAAUCAGAAGAUUUCCGCUGUUCAAUUCUGUAAUCUAUUCAUGAGGUAUGUUAGCAACAUGUUAAAAUGUUUUUGUACAGGUAAAUAAUGGGGCCUAACCCUAAUUUGUCACAAUUUUCCUAACUCAUUUUUUGUAGUGUAUGCCAAUUCUGAUUUUUGUUUCACAUAUUCUGAUCUAUGUUUCACACUUUCACUUACCUAUAUGGAGACUUCUAAAAUUUAUGGAAAUUGGUUAAGUGUGCCAAUGUUGGUAAAGUUGUUUCUUCUGAUUUUCUAACAAGCGGUGGAUGGAUAUUGGAAGUGCAUCAAAGAUGGAAGUCUUGUUGACCUAAAUCUUUGUCCUGUGUAUGGUUCCAUCAUAUCCUGGUUUGGUACGUUUAAUGUGUCUGUUUCUUUUGGACACAAGUACCCAAGAAACUCAACCUUUAUUGAGUUUCACCAACCAUUAUCCUCAGCGUAUUGGCAUUAUUAUUAAUCUUCAAUUUUUCUGAGUUAUGUAUUAACUCUUCUGAUGACUUUGACCUCAUUAGACCUGCUUCAUAAAAUUUUGGUGG